AAACCUCCGAUGAAGAAGUGUAGAAGAAGCCACCCCAGGAUCCGAAUCCCUUCCAAUGCAAUGUUACCAUGUGCUGCAACAUAGUACGGAAGUCUGUCGUUAGCUUGCCUGAAGGUUCCCAGCACAUAUUACCUCGAAGUAGCUGCAUCCAGCGUACCUAUAUUGUGCGUCCAGCGAGUGACGGUAAGUCCGACAGAAGGAGAGGUUAGAGUCUCUCGAUGGCAUCAUGAAACGACUUUUACAGGACAUUCGACACUUGGCGUUCCUCCAAUUACUUUUCUUCUUUGCGGCAUUUGGAUUGUUCACGUUUAGGUAUCAAACGGUAGCUACGGACCAAGCUUGUACCUUGCGCCUCUUCUCCUACUCCCCGGUGAUAGACGCAGGCGUCAUCCGAUAUACAUCCUACAAUAUCGCAGGCGAUUUUGAAGAGCCAUCCAUAUAUCGGGGACGUCCAACCAACGAGACAGAGGCGGCAUGGGAGGCAUUGUACAUGACACCGGGCAUCAACAUCCCGCAAGAGAAGCUUCCCCUCCUGAAUAAAUCAUCCGCGGUCAAUUGGCUCCGAACCCCGAAAGACAAAGGCGAUGGUUACGUGGGAUACUUGGAGGUGUUCCAUCAGCUACAUUGUUUGAAUAUGAUCCGGCUCAAGAUCUACCAGAAAGAAUACGAGGAGGAAUUCGGAUAUCCGCCAAGCCAAUUCGAGCCCGAGAAAGCUGCCGUUACAGCUACGCAUAUCGAUCACUGUCUUGAGUCCCUGCGAUUGAGUAUGAUGUGCACGGCAGACGUUACCCCAGUGAUGAUUGUUGUCGACGACACCGCCCCUCUUGGUCGCUGGGUGGACUUCACCACUAUGCAUAAAUGCCGGAAUUUCUGGGAUAUUCGGGCAUGGGUGGACCAGAAUAAGGUAAAGGACUAACGGAGACCAUGCGAGAUGUUACUCCCAUUACUUAAGCAGCGUGUGACCGGACUGGGGCCCACAGUGUGUAGUUCCCAUGCCUCGCAAGCGUUACAUCCCAUUGUUGCAAUCCUCAUCUUCUGGGGAUCUGGUCUUUAGCAGGCGAAGAAAUGCUCAAAAGGGCAAAGUCGGUCGGUCGGAACAAGCAACCCCAUGAGUCUAUUUCU